CUCAGGAUUAUUUGUAGACACUUCGUAAAGACCCAUUUAUUAAUUAUCACAAAUGCUAACAUUCAUAGCUUGUUAAGUUGGUAAAAUAUUGCUUCGUAGUCGGUAAAGUUUAUCAUCUUGCACUAGAUAUACAAUUAUCAUCUAUCAUCCUGCCGCCGCUUUAGAAUGUGACAAUUGUGUUUUUCAGCAGAAAUGUCCCUGUCCCUCAACUUGACCCUAUUAAUCAGUUGUUUCAAUAGGUUUGCGUUACUAAUUGUCCUUUUCAGAGCAGUUUUCUGUACGUAAUUUGUUGAAAUAAAGCUACCAAAGUCUUUCAAAAGUUACUGCAAACCUCUAACAAUCAAUUCUGUUAUUAUUACAUCUGGUUAACUACGAUGCACUUACUGUCACAGGACUAGCACAUUUACAUCCAAUUUCUAUUAGCUCGUUCAAGAGGUACUUGGCUACAAGCCAGACCGUGUGAUAGCUAGCGAUACUAACUGGUCCAAUGGACCUAAGUUGUUACUAACGCAUUCAAACCUGCCUCUUCGUUUCUAAACGUCUCGCACCUUAACCACUAAGCCACCGCUUCGAGAACUAAAUUUUCAUUCUUUCUACAGUUUGGGGCAACAAAAACUUCAAUUCCUCGUCCGCACGAUAUUUUGACCUAUUAGCCUCUACUUAGACACUUCAGUCUCCAGUAAAUUUACUCUCAUGAAGCCAAAAAUUAGGUGUUGAUGAACCCCACUCAGUAGUAGUCGUUAUAUAAAAUAUUUGUUUCAAUAGCGAAUGUUUUUCAUCGAAUUGAUGUUUCUGAAACCUGAUAUCUAUGCAUAUGACCGAAAACAAUAAUUGUCACAAUUAGCUCCAUGAUCUCAAUUAUCGAUUUAUCGCUAAGUAACCAUCAUGGAUCUGAAUAUAUCGGUUUAUUUGGUGUUUAGUCUACCAAGCCAUAUCUCUGACAAACUACGUGUCAAAUAGUCGUAAUUCGGUUUUAUUAGUGUUUGAUUAUGCUUAACUUCCAUAUCUUAAUAUUAUAGCGGUUAAUAUAAGGCUCAUUUUCUCCACAAAAUCGUUUGAGUUGCUUGUUGAUAAAUCGCUUCACAUUACUCAUAUCUUGCCACAUUUUGCCAACAUACCUGAUAGUUUUUAUUCCAAUACAUGGAAUAUUUGCAGCAGCUCAGUUUAUAUAAUUCCUGUGUUUCCAAGUCAAAAUAAUUUUCAAGAGGUUCAUUAUUUAAUUGUAUUACGUUUUUAAGGAGGAUCGUAAUGGACCAACAGAUCUCAAUGUUAGACAGCUUUUUUGCCGUAAUGUGAUACCAUGUUAAUUAAUUUAUCAAGGAGAUCUUCGAUUGGUUAGUUAGAUACAUAAUGUUUUUGUUUUACUCACUUAGCAAGGAAAAUGACUGACUUCAUUGAAGCGGUAUCCAAUCCAUUGGCACCUGAUGUGUUUGUGGGUCAUGGUGACUUUACCAAUCAGAAACUAUCUAAUAGUGAUUUCCGGAAAUUGUUAAUGACACCUAAGCCAUCAGUACAACCUUCAAAAAUUGAUGAAGUACACGAAACUGGGACCCGCACCUCUAGUCACCACUUGGAAAGAUCCGAUCGUAUACGCCAAGAUCCUAGUCAAACUACUCAUCGUAAUAAACAUAAGAUAGGUCAUAAGCGUCAUCAUGUUCGUAGCAAAAAAGAUACUCAGAAAUCAGAUGCUUCUGAAUCAACACAUCGUUAUCGAGAUCGUGCAAAAGAGCGACGUGAUGGCAAACUAGUUGCUCCAACUGAGGAAGUUGAGGAAGAACGUGAAAUGGAAAAUGAUGAUGAUACUUUAACUCGUACAGCUGACUAUCGUGCUGUCGCACCAUCGUCUGCUGCUGGUACUUCACAUGCUGAACGUCGUCGAAUGCUUAUACAGGAAUCUAAGUAUCUUGGUGGUGAUAUGGAACAUACUCACUUGGUCAAAGGUCUUGAUUAUGUUCUAUUACAAAAAGUUCGUUUGGAAAUACAAAAUAAAGAAAUUGAAGCUGAACAGGCCCUGGAUAUUGAAUUAAAUAAACCUGAUAAAAUGAAAGAAAGUACUAAUAAUGAAGAAGGCAUACAAUUUCGUACUCACCUAGCAGCAAGUAUAUGCAAUGUUGUUUUCAAUGAAAGUCUCCCCGAACGUAAUGAAUAUUUUCAACCUGGUCGCAUGGCUUAUCGUAUUGAACUGGAAGAUGAUUCAGUGGAUUUCGAAGUACCAGCUACAGUGAUUCGUAGCAAAUCUGAUUGUUUACAAAUUGAUGGUCGUGGAACUGGUGCAAUAACUACCAACGAAAUUGUUAUUAAUAAACUUACUCAAAUCUUAUCUUAUUUACGGGCUGGUAAACGACAUGCUAAAAGGGCUAAGCUUAAAGGACGUGUCGCUGACAAAUCUGAAUUUGAUUAUGAAGAUAAUCGACAUCUUAUUCAUAAAAUGGCUAAUACUGCCAUAUUUGAAGGUAUCGGAAGCGAUUACUUACCGACAACAAAGAAGCAAUGCAAAAGUAACGAUAGGAUGGAUUUACCAUAUGAUGAUUCUAGAGUGUCAAAUCAACGUAGUCGUCUACCCGCUCCUAGUACUACUACAUCUGGUAGUAAUAGUAACACCAAUACUGAAUCAAAUAAUGCACAAGCAUCAUACUUCGAUAUUCCCGCCAAUGCUGAUUCAGUCACAAAUAAUUCAAUAAGUGCUACCAAAGAAUUUUUGAAUGAAUUAAGUCAACGUUUUGAUGUUAAAGAUGAAAAUAGGCUACAGGAAAAAGCAAGUCUUGAACGAUUCUUUGCUAAAACUCAAGUCACGUGUUACGAUGAAUGUUAUCCUGGUUUCGCUGAAUCAUACGAUGCUAUGGGUGAUUCUGAUGAUGAAGCUGAUUUUAGCAAAAUGGAUUUAGGUAAUAAAAAAGGUCCAGUUGGUCGAUGGGACUUUGAAACACAGGAAGAAUAUAGUGAUUAUAUGUCGAAUAAAGAAGCUUUACCAAAAGCUGCAUUUCAAUAUGGUGUUAAAAUGGCUGAUGGUCGUCGUACACGUCGUAUUGGACCGAAAGAUGAAAAAGCUGAAUUAGAUCGUCAAUUACAAAAAAUACAAUCAAUCAUACAAAAGCGUAAACAAUUAGCUGAAGAUAGUGGUCCAGUAGGAAAAAAUGUCCGAUUUUAA